CAUUACCCUUAAUGCAAAUUGGCCGCUGGACAGCUACCGCGCGCCUCUGCAGCUUGUACUUUCAUAAAGUGUUUGUAAACACUUGUAUCAUCGUAGAGAAGAAGAAGACUGGUGCAGAUUUGUGUGCGUUUACAGCAGCAUGUCUGAAUAUGUGACAUUCCAACAUGGCAAGUCUCGUUUCGACCAGAACACAUUUUCUGGUCGGUUCAGGCACUUCCUGGAUGUGAUUGACCCCAGCACACUCUUUGUGACAGAGAAACGUCUGCAGGAGUCUGUGGAGCUGCUCGACCGUUUCAAACAAGGAACUCUGCCUCCGGGAGUGACAGAUGCUCAGCUUUGGCAAGCUCAAAAAAUUAAGCAGGCCAUCAUCCACCCUGACACGGGGGAGAAGAUCCUCAUGCCCUUUCGGAUGUCAGGUUUUAUCCCAUUUGGCACACCAGUGGUUGUUGGCCUCCUUCUCCCAAAUCAGACAUUGCUGUCAACUAUCUUCUGGCAGUCGUUAAACCAGAGUCACAAUGCCUGUGUGAACUACUGCAACCGCAACGCCUCCAAGCCUGCUCCAUUUUCCAAAUUCGUCCAGGGAUACCUCGGAGCGGUGACCAGCGCAGUCUCUAUUGCUGUCGGGUUGAACGUGUUAAUCCAGAAAGCCAGCCACCUUAGCCCAACUACCAGGCUUUUGGUGCAGCGGUUCAUCCCCUUCCCAGCAGUGGCGAGUGCAAAUGUCUGCAACGUGGUGCUCAUGAGACACUCUGAGCUGUCGGAGGGCAUCAGCGUGCUGGACGACAACGGGACCGUGGUGGGAACGUCAAAAGUGGCUGCCAGGCAUGCACUUUUAGAAACAGCUCUGACCAGGGUGGUCCUCCCCAUGCCUAUUCUGAUGCUCCCUCCCAUUGUCAUGGCUGCACUAGAAAAGCUCCCUCUCCUGCAGAGACGGCGGAGGCUUGUCCUGCCCGUCCACAGUCUGGUGUGCCUCGCUGCCUUCGGCCUGGCUCUGCCUCUCGCCAUCAGUCUCUUCCCACAGAUGGCCCAGAUCAGUGUGAAUCAGCUCGAGCCGGAGAUCGCCAUGGCAACAGAUUGUAAGAUUGUGACGUACAAUAAAGGCCUGUGAGUGAUCUUCUACUGCCCGACACGGGAAGAUAGGACCCUCUGCAGGUUCAAACCCCCCUCUUCCAUCCCAAAAAAGCUGCCAGUGAAAGAAUGAUGGUAAACUUGGCUGUGUUAUCCAAUGAGCAGUAAGCAUACGCUUACAGAGAAAGACAUGUUGUUUAUGCCAAGACAAUGGUUAUUAAAUAAGCGAUAACACAUGGUGACAUACUGUGAUGUAGGAAAAUAUCAUAUCGACACCUCCGAAAGUAUUAUCACUGUGAUAACAUGGACACUUAACAAAUAGCUGAGUUACCUGCUCCAUCUUGCAUGCAGAGAGAGUGGCCUGGUUAGCUAUGAGCUUGUCUGAUUUCUUUUUUUUGUUUUCACAACGAACAGGCAAUUAACUGGAGAUUAAUUUGAACACACAUGAGAAAUAAAAUGGGUGGAUUGAGUUAGGGUAAGGACAUGUCUGGAUGAUUGAAGUUGUGGUCUGGAUUGUAUUUGUAACUUGUGGAUGAAAUCAGGAUAAAUGAGUGAAAUGUAUUGAAAGUAGUGAAAGUUUUUUGCCCUUGUUUAUAAUUGAAUGAAGGGGUUCCCAACCUUCUCUUUCAACCCCUUUAUUCAUUUAAAGGUCGCAUAUGGUGACACUUAUACCUAUGUCUGUACCGUUUAUGCAUAAAAACCCAUUUGUCACUUUAAAUCCCAAUCUUUGCUGUGGCUCCCUCUAACUGGAAGCAGUUUGUCAGUCACUCUCAUGUAGUAAAAUACCUAACACGUUAAAGGAUUCAUCUUUUAGAUUUGCUUCCACCUCUGUGGAAGUGCAUUUACUCUUUUUAAACUACAUUUUUGUAAUCAGACAAAGUGAAUACUUUAUAUACACACAAAACAAUCGCAGUAAGGAUAAUUUAAAGUCUUAUAAAGGUCAUUUAAAGAGAUUUAUACAUUGUUUAUUUUGAAAGCGCCAUUGUUCAAAUGCUGCUUUGUGUAUGAAUUUGCACUUGAUUUAUAUAAAUUUCCUGUCUUCAAGUG